CUGCUGGGGCUGAGGAACUAAGGGCCGGGGUCUGGCCCAGGGUCGGAGGGAACGGCGCUAGCGGCGGCGGUGGCGGCGGCGCUUUUAGUUCUUCCAGGGGGAAGCUCUCGCUCACCGAAGGCCAUGGCAAGCGAGGUGGUGGCUGAGCUCCACCUAGGUGUUGAAGAUCCCAAACUGAACACAAAGGAUGAAACCGAUUCAGACAGUGGGCAGAGCAGCUGUGAAACAGCCUCUUCAGGACAUUCCAACACAAAAAGCACACCCCUGAUUGAAGGAGACUCAGAUGAAGAGAUCUUUGUGAGUAAGAAAUUGAAACGCAACAAGUUCCUCCUGCAGGACAGUGACAGUGAAGAAGAGGACAGAGUCGUCCUUCCUAAGAAGGCUGAUGGUGGCAACAUAGAGGUGGAAACUGGGGAGAAUAAAGAAAACAUAUAUGCGGGAAUAAAAGGAAAAGCCCGAAAGAUUUACCAAGCUCUGAGGGACAGUGAUGAGAGUGAUGCUGGGGAUCCGCCAUACCAGAAGAACCUUGACAGCCGGGUGAUGGUUCCUUUGGCUGAAAGUACUUUGGAUCUGGGUUCCCAAUCCCUGGAGUCUGCAACCUUGCCAGUAGGUGCCAGAAAAAGAUUCAAAGAACGUACUCGGGAUAAAGAAGACACUGGAGGGAAAAGAAAAGGGAGGUCACAAAGGAAGCUUGAGAAAGAAGCCAAAAAGAUGGAAGUGAUUGGUCGGCUGAAAAAAAAGGAAAAUAAAAAUGAGGAAGUGGAAACCAAACAGCCCUUCAAUGACAGUGGCUGUCUUCUUGGGGACAGCGACCUUUUUGAGACUGGAUUGGAGGAAGAAAAUCAUUCCCCACCAGAAGAUGAAGAAUCAUUAGAAUCAAUACGAGCUUCGGUGAAAGGCAAAGUCAAAAAGUACAAGAAAAAGGAGCCGUCUUUGGAAAGUGGGGGCUGUUCAUUUGAAGAUGAAAAGGAGCUGCCAAAAGGGAUGAUGAGAAAGGAGAGGAAGGCAGCUAAGCUAAGUAAGGAAGCUAUGAAGAGACUGCAUAGUGAGACCCAAAGACUCAUUCGAGAGUCUGCACUUUCUCUUCCCUAUCACAUGCCUGAAAACAAAACCAUUCAUGACUUCUUCAAACGCAAGCCGAGACCUUCUGGCCAGGGAAAUGCCAUGGCAUUGCUGAAGUCAUCUAAGUAUCAGGCACACCUCAGCAAAGAAAUCAGCACUACUGACCCCGGUGAUAUUAGCAAUGCCAGCCACACCAAAGGUGCUACCCAGGUGAUGGGCCCUGAACCAGAACGUGAGAACUGCCCAAUUUCUUUAGCUCCUGAGGCUCCCCAGAACUCUGCUGACUCUGCUGACCAGCCUGCUUGUGAAGAGGUGACAAAAGAAGAGCCAGAAUGUCACGGGGAUCAGGGACAGAAGGAAGACUUGGGGGCCACCACGAGCCCUUCAUUCAAGGACAUUUCAGAACAUCAGCAGGAAUCCGAAGUCUUCAGUAGUAAGGGGCCAGAGCAGACAGAGCCUAGGGCCCUUGUGACACUCGAACUUAACAUUCUCGAGGAAGAAAAAGAGCCACAAGGUCCUAAUGACACAAAGGGAAAGGUAGAUGAGGUCAAGCGGCAAGCUACAGUAACAGCCACAGUGCCAUCAGAAAAAGGAAGGAAGGUCACACUGGAUAAACUUCAGCGACUGGGAGUAGAUCUCUCCAUUAAGCCAAGACUGGGGGCUGAUGAGGAUUCUUUUGUGACUCUUGAUGAGCCUGAAACCAAUAAAGAACUGGAAGCUUUGAAGGAGCGUUUCUGGAAGCAUGCAUGUCCCACAGCCAAGGCCCAAACCGCAUCUGAACGAAAGGUGGACCUGAGCAUCAUCGUGAAGGAGACAGGGCCCGAUGGCAAGGAGGAGCUGAAGGCCGAUGUGGUCCCCCUGACUUUGACAACGGAGAAAUUAGAUGGAGUGAGCUAUGCAAAGCCAGGUGAGAAGCUACAGGUGCUGAAAGCAAAACUCCAGCAGGCAAUGAAACUCCGGAGAUGUGAGGAGCGCCAGAAGCGGCAGGCGCUUUUGAGGCUGGAUAAUGAGGAUGGCUUUGAGGAAGAGGAAGAGGAGGAGGAGGAGGAGGAGGAGGAAGAGAUGACAGAUGAAUCAGAGAAGGAAGAAGAGGAGGAGGUGGAGGAGGAGGAGGAAGACAAUCAGGAGACAGGAGAAUUUCUUCUUGAUGAUGAAGAGGUAGAAGACAAGGAUAUGAAAGAGGAAGAUAAAGAAAUGGAUAAGGAGAACAUUGUUGAUAGCUCAGAAAUUUUCAAGGCUGUUGAUUGUAGCUCUAUUCCUAAGCCUCCUGCUUUGGAAUCUACCUUGCUCCUGUUCAAAGACAGCUCCUCCAAGAUGGGAUACUUUCCUUCUGAAGAAAAAUCUGAGACUGAUGAAAGCACAGGCAAAAGACCUAGUAAACUAGAAGAAGAUGAUUCAUGCUCAUUGCUAACAAAGGAGAGCAGCCACAACAGCAGCUUUGAGAUGAUCGGUUCCAUGAUUGCUCCAUAUCAGCCUUGCAACAAGCAGUCUGGCCGUGGGACUGGCUUAUUCCCUGGGGUGGGGGGGUUCCGAUCCCUCUCCCCUGGGUUAUUUCGAACAAGUUUGAUCAGCUCCACUUCCAAGAGUUCAGGGAAGCUGUCUGAGCCUUCCCUUCCCAUAGAGGAUUCCCAGGAGCUGUACAACGCCUCCCCGGAGCCGAAAACUCUCUUCCUGGGAGCAGGAGACUUCCAGUUCUGUUUAGAAGAUGACACUCAGAGCCAACUGUUAGAUGCAGAUGGGUUCUUAAAUGUUGGGAAUCACCGAAAUAAAUACCAGUCUUUGAAACCACGGGUGCCAUUGGCCAGCAUGGAUGAGAAUGCCAUGGAUGCCAAUAUGGACGAGCUGUUGGAUUUGUGUACAGGGAAGUUUAAGUCUCAAGAUGAAAAACCUUUGCCUGAGAAGGAUGACAGAAAGGAAGACAUGGAGGAACUUCUGGGUCUUUGUUCAGGGAAAUUCACUUCUCAGGAUUCUUCAACGCCUGCUCCUUCAGAGUCCUCCAAGCAGGAGAAGGAGAUGGGCAUCGAUGACCCAAUGGCCGAAGCCCUCGCUCUUUGUUCAGGCUCCUUCCCAACAGAAAGGGAACAGGAAGGUGAAGAAGAGGAGGAGUUUGGUGAUUUUCAGCUUGUCACUGAUAGCAAUGUGUCUGAUAGUGAAGAAGGGGAGCAUUCUGAAUCCGACAAUGAACCUUCUGAAGCCCAGGACGAUGGUGAUGAAGCUUCUGAAUUGGAGGAAGCCCAUGAGGAAGAAGAUGAUGAUGAGGAAGAAGUCUUGAAGCAGUCUGAAAGACAAAAAAGGCAAAUGAGACUGAAGAAGUACCUGGAAGAUGAGGCAGAGGUGUCAGGGAGUGAAGUGGGAAGUGAGGAUGAGUACGAUGGAGAAGAAAUUGAUGAAUAUGAAGAAGAUGUAAUUGAUGAAGAGCUUCCUUCAGAUGAAGAACUGCAGGAUCAGGUCAACAAGAUACACAUGAAAGCCGUGUUGGAUGAUGAUAAGCGACAGCUGCGCUUGUACCAGGAAAGGUACCUUGCUGAUGGAGACCUGCACAGCGACGGCCCUGGACGCAUGAGGAAGUUCCGUUGGAAGAACAUAGAUGAUGCUUCCCAGAUGGACAUGUUUCACAGAGACUCUGAUGAGGAUCAGAGUGAAGAACAGCUUGACGAGACAGAAGCCAAAUGGAGGAAAGAGCGGAUUGAGCGAGAACAGUGGCUUCGGGACCAGGCUCAGCAGGGGAAAAUUACAGCUGAAGAGGAAGAUGAAAUUGGAGAAGAGAGUCAGUUUAUGAUCCUGGCUAAGAAAGCCACUGCCAAAGCACUUCAGAAAAAAGCCAACCAUGUCACUGUUGUUCAGGAAGUGAAAACCUUGCCCAGGAGCCCCUUUGAAGCUAUCAGACCUGGCAGUGCCCACCAGCUAAGGACAGGCUCACUGCUGAAUCAACCCAAAACCCUGCUGCAGAAGUUGUCGACCCUCUCUGACCUCAACCCUAGCGCUCCUCGAAACUCCCGGAAUUUUGUCUUCCACACACUCUCCCCAGUCAAGAAUGAGGAGGCAAAGGAGCCUUCUAAGCCCCAGGUGAAGAGAAAGGGUCUGCCUUUGGCCUCCCCAUCUCCCAAGCACCUCAAAGCAGACAGCACUUUAGGACCAAACCGGAGCAUCUUUAAGUACUUGGAAAGCUAACUUUGUCUAGACUUGGUGCCAACAACCACCUCGAGUCAAAAAGCCGGAAUCGGAAGCCAUCUUGGGACCUUCCUGGCACCAAGGGCUGGAAUCGAUUUCUGCUCCAACCUCCUCUCCUCUUUUCCCGGUCAGCACAUUAAGAAGAAACUUUGAGGACUGAGCCCAGUACUUUCUGCAUGCACAGCUUCCCUUUGCUGCUGCAUCAGACUCUAUAUUGGCCACUGGUCUUCUGCUGCAGUGCUCAGGAUGCCAUCACUGAAACAAUUGGCUAAAACUGUCCUUCCUCCGUUCAGUUUCUGAUAUACCAUGUGGCACAGAGGCCUACCCUGACAGGAGGGGCAAGGUAGAUAGAUUGUGAUUUAAAGAAGUACAGCAUUGAGGAAGAAAUCGGUGUUAAUAACAGUGGCAGGGGCAGUCACCAUGGUAGAAUUAAAUUCCCUUCAAAAAGAUCCAGGGCAAUGGGCCUUCAGAGGCUGGCCUUAUAAAUGUCAUUGAACCCCCCCCCCCACACACACACACACAUGUCCACACCCUUAUUCCUCUCUUUCAAUCAGCCUCAAAUUUCCAGAAGUUUGCUUUUGUUGUUUUUAUGGUACAAUCUCCAAAAAGAUUCUUCUCCUAGCACUCAGGCCCUCACCCUCAUCGGGGUGAGAUUGAUAGGGAGAGGAAAUAGGGUAAUACCUCAAGCCCAGUGGCUUGAAGUCAGGAGAAACUUGCUCCUUUUUCCCUUAAAUCCCCAACAAGACAGGCAAAUCUUUUCACCUGGGCCAAAAUCACCCUCCCCUAGUCAGAAGUCUAGGCUGCUUCUCACUCUCCGGAGGAGAAUCUUCCCACUUGUAUUUUUCCAGGGCUUGAACACGUGGCCCUUCCCUGACCAGGGCAGUGGCAUUAUCUUUAAUUAAUUAACCCAAGAGAUGACCUCUGUGCCAUUCCUGCCCCAGAAAAUUGUUCUUUUGUACAAGCUUCGUGGCUGAAGGGAACUGUUCCCAGAGUUUCCCCCUGACCCGAGGAGCCAGGCUCCCCCAAAGAGGAAACUCGGAGUGCUUGGGGAGGCUGCUCAGGCCGUGCCGGUCCCUCUGGGAAGAAGGCCUUCCUGCGCAUUAGUUCAGCUGGUAUCAUUAGGUCUGAGGCUUCUUUCAGUGCUUUCUGGCACUAAUGAUUCUGAUGUCAUAUGGCAGAGCUAUUUGUAUAUUUGUAAUUUUAUGGGGGUGGGGAGGAAUGUAUAAAAUGUCUUAAUGCAGAUGUAGUUUGUAAUAAAUGUCAGUGCGUGUGACCCACAGAACAACUUUUUAAAUUCUCAGGUCAGGUGUGUGUCUCUUUCUAGGACACAUCGGCCCA